AUGCAACUAAAGGUGGACAGUAACGGCCCAUACUUUGUGGAGAAUGGAGUCCUUCAGAUCACCAAUGUGAGCCACAGGGACCAGGGUCUCUUCACCUGCGUGGCCAGGACCCCGGUGGACCGAGACACCGCCUCAGCGCUGCUCAUGGUGUUAGAUGUCCCCGAUGCUCCUGAGUACUUGGUACUGUCGGACCACAAGAGCAGGAGUGUGAAACUGAAAUGGAUCCCCGGGGACGAUCACAACAGCUCCACCACAGAGUUUAUCAUCGAGUACGAGGAGAGCCAGUGGGAGCCCGGAAGCUGGAAGGAGCUGCUCCGGAUACCUGGGAACCACAACUCUGCCGUGGCCAAACUCCAAGGGCACGUCGACUAUCGCUUCAGGGUGUCCGGAGUCAACGAUAUGGGGAGGGGGCGUCCCAGCGAGCCCACGGAGAGAUACAAAACCCAGGCCACAGCUCCCGACAAGAACCCUGAAAAUGUCAAAAUCGAAGGUCAUUUGCCACAUGAAAUGGAUAUCAACUGGGAGCCCUUGCUACCCAUUCAGCACAACGGUCCGGGUUUGGAGUACGAGGUUUUCUACAAGAGACAAGGGGUGGAGGAGGACUGGCAGAAACACACGGUGAAGAGACACUCGUUUGUGGUGACGAACACCCCCACCUUCGUGCCCUACGAGAUCAAGAUCCAAGCCAGGAACAAUCAGGGCCGGGCCCCCGAGCCGAAGAUAGUGUCCGGAUACUCAGGAGAGGACUUUCCCUCUGCUGCACCUAAGAAUGUAUCCGUGGAGGUGAUGAACAGCUCGGUGGUCAAGGUUAGCUGGACGCGUGUACACAAGGACACGCUACACGGACAUCUGGGAGGCUACAGGGUAAACUGGUGGCGUAUGCGAAGCCUGGCCGACUUUAAGAAAAAACACGGAGACAAACAGACGCUGGUGUUCCCAGGGGACCGAAACGACGGCGUGUUGCCGGGACUGACGCCUUUCUCCGAAUACAGCCUCAUCGUCAUGACCUUCAACGGGCGGGGCAACGGCCCGGGCAGCCAUCUCCACAACUUCAAAACCCCAGAGGGAGUCCCGGAGAAAAAUCCUGUUUUCGGGGUCACGGAUGUUCAGAAGCACACCGCGUCCCUGGCGUGGGCCGCGCCCUCGGAGCCUAAUGGGAUUCUCACCGGGUACCUCCUCGAGUAUCAGCUCAGUACGUAUCCCUACGCCUCACGCUCAGCUCACUUAGAUAGAUAG